AUGAAGCUAGGAAGAAGACAUGACGACAUCCAACUGCUAUCCGAACACUUGGGUGUGGACACAGAGCUUAAUAUCAAUCCACCUGUAGGUUGCAGUGUCAGACUGAGCCCAGAAGUGCUUGCGUUUCUUGCGGACGAAAGCGUGGACACCUUCGAACUUCUGCAACAAGCUGCAGUGCAUGUGCUAUUCGUAGACGAUACCCUCCCUUUGAGAAAUUACUUCAUCUCGUCCUCGCAUAAUACCUAUCUUGUUUCAUGGCAAAUCUUCGGGCGUGCUUCUGCUGAGGCCUACACCCAUGUGCUUUCAAGGAACGCACGAUGCAUUGAGAUAGACGUCUGGUCCUCGUCCAAAGGUCCGGUCGUUACUCACGGCUAUACCCUCAGUCGAAGUGUGCCCUUUUCGUCCGUUUGCGAGGCCAUCGGUGCCGCAGUUACUGCAGGCGGCAAAGAAGACACUCCGUCCGAUGUUGGAAACGGUAAUGUAAACGACUGGCCAGUAUUCGUAAGCCUCGAGUGCCACGUUCCCGUGGAGAAACAGGACGAGAUCGUGGAAAUUAUGAAGAAAGCGUGGGGUAGGAAGCUCGGGGAUAUGGUUUCUCCCCGUGAUUUGAAGGGACGCAUUGUGCUUAUGGUAGAAUACUAUCCUGACGAUAUUCGGAGCGACACAUCUGGGAUGGCGCCAUCUUGCGGGACUCCAAUUCUUUCUGACUACGACCACUCUUCGUAUGAUGCAAACUCGCAACUCGUGAGUCCACAUCGACACGCCAAGAUCGCAGAAUCACUUGCAGACCUUGGGUUCUAUGCGCGAAGCAUGAAACCCGAUAAGGGUUGGGAACACACAGAUUUUCCUGACCCACCAUACCCUCCAAACCUAAUGCUAAAUGUCGACGAGACAUCAAUUGUCUCUCUGAUGCCUCAGAAGCUUUCAGAUCUCGUAAUCAGCGCCGAGUGCUACCUUCGCCGAGUUUAUCCGUCUGGUUUGAGACUGAACUCGAGCAACCUGGACCCACUCAAAGAAUGGCAGAAUGGAACCCAGAUAGCGUGUCUUAAUUGGCAACAUUACGAUGAGGAAAUGCAACUUAACGAAGGACUGUUUGCAGGCACUAUGGGUUAUGUCGUUAAGCCGUCACAGGAACUGACGCAAGGCUCGCGGAACAUAUAUUUCACUGGAGAAAUCAUAGGUGUUAGUUCCUUACCUCUACCAGAGCGCCACGAAACCUUUUCGGCAUACAUUUCUGUUGAGUUACUCCAGGUAACAGGCCAACAGAGCUGGCGCACAGCUAAGGUGGAGUCCAGCGGUGUCGGGGGCGUGAUAGAUUUUACAUGGAGAGAAAGCUUCGAAUGGCAAUUCAGCGCGGAUGAAUUUACCUUCCUGAGAUUGCGGGUCUAUCGGUCUGAUGAAUUUGGGCCGCACGAGUGUCUUGCAAUCUUUUGUGGUCGGAUCAGUCAGCUCCGACCAGGAUGGAAGAUAAUACGACUAUUGAAUACGAAGGGUAAACACGCGGGUGCAACUGUGUUAUGCCGCUUCGCAGUAACCGGUGCUGGGGCCUUAGAGGCCUGAGGGACUAUAUGAAGAAUAUUCAUAUCGAUCUGAGCAUACGGUACGGAAUAUACAACACAUGUAAAGUAUGGGUAUGGGAGAACUUAAGAUUCAUCAAUUGA